AUGUUUUCAAUACUAACAAUGGACAGCAUUAGCCGAACCAUAGGUCUUUUUGCAUCCUGGUGGAUUUGGUCGAAAACAUCGAAUACCCAACUCGCCAGUGGUGUUUUCUUCUUUUUCACAAUGGAAUUGCUACAAGCUAUUCAAUAUUUCUUUAUUGCACCAAAUAUCGAUUCACCUAUUUGCGACACAAUUGUGAAUCAAGUCUUAACAAUUGCUGGAUUUUUACAUAUCUGCUUACAACCAUACUUCUGCCAUGUUAUCAAUGCCUCUUUGACCAAAAAUGCAAAAUACAUUGACCGUUACUUAAUUAUCAAACGCUUAUGUUUAAUUGGUGGUUUCAUGCUAUUUGGCCGAUAUUUGUUAUCCUAUCAAUGGCCACAAACAAUGAAUGGUCCAUCAACGGAAUGGCUACGUGGUUCGAAAUUAUGCACAUACCGAGGAAAAUACCAUCUUGCAUGGUCGGUACCCAUGGCUGAUCCGACAUAUGUCAUUCCUGGGGCAGCCAUUCACUCAUUUCUUAUGUUCGCACCAUUUUUUGCUUUAUAUGAAAAGAAAGGAAUGGUCAUUCAAGGUAUCUUCUUAUUUGUUUUUGGACCUUAUUUGGCCGGUUUAAUUACACCAAACUUGAUGGAACAAGCAUCCAUUUGGUGCUUCUUCUCCAUUGCCCAAAUUUCGAUCAUGUUGUUCUGUAUUCGUGAAUCCUUAAUUAUCAACUGGGGACGAAACAAGAGCGGCCAUACAUCACUGAUCAGUGGCAAGAAAAAUCAAACUGUUCAACAGAAAGGUGUACAAGAUGAAGAUGUCGCUGUAUACGACAAAAAACAAAGAAAAUUGGCUUAG